AAUAUCACGUCAAGUAUAUACAGUAUGCCGGGCGCAACAAGUUUGAGAAAUUGAUGACACAUCUAUUCGUACAAUCUGUUCAGAUCUUUUCAAAAAGACCUUUUCUAUGGGUURAAGUUCUUGUUUUCUAAGAUAAGCUUUCGCUAGAAGCAAAACACGGCAUUAAAAUUUGAAAAACAUUGCACAUUUUGGCGGGCUUACCCAUAAAAUCCCGCCUCGAUACUGGGAGUUCUAAGAAGCAUGGGAAAAAAUCUCCAUGUUAGCCCACAGAACAAUUUUUCAACUUCAAUCUCCGACCCCUCUAGUACAUGUAGGUYUUCUAGUUCAUGCGAACUCGCUGCGCCCGAUCUCCUUCUCGAUUCAACCAAGUUUAAAUCUCUUCUACGAAAUUUGAUCGGCUUUAAUAUUAAACUAUUUACCAUAUAUGGUAAAUAGUUUAAUAUUAACUCGCAACAAUCUUCGCGCAUGACAUCUAGCAUACAUUGCUAAUUCGGGCAUUUGAAACAGCCGUGGUAUCACCCUCGUGGUAUACAUGUAUUUUGACUUGUAUUUCGCGUCAUAGAUCUCUUCGAAGGAGGCUACGAUAAAACUCGAAGGGAUGGGAGUCCGUAGACUCACAAAUUAUGUUCACUACUCAAAUGCAUUAUGGACAGAAAUCCAGUUAAAAGACAGUUUAAUCCUUGUGGAUGGACUGGCUUUAGUGUGGUCUUUGUAUCAAAAUACUGGUAAGAUUGACUGUAGAUGUGGAGGAGAAUAUGACGAAUUUGCCAAGACUAUUCGACAUUUCUUUCGCUCUCUAACAUCUAAAAAAGUCACGCCAUACGUUCUAAUAGAUGGGCAAUGUUUAUGCCCCAGUUCAAGGAAYGAAAACGAAAUCAUUUCGAGCAAUGAACUAUCUGUGGAGGAUUGUGAUGCCUUCGUUUUACCUUUAAUGGCGAAACUAGUCUUUGUUCAAGAGCUGAAGAACAUUGAGAUACGAUUUGCAGUUUGCGAUGGCGAGGCAGACCAAGAGCUAGCUGCACUAGCCAACCACUGGAACUGCCCAAUCGUAAGCAACGACAGUGACUUCUUCAUAUAUAAUCUUCCCGCGGGAUACAUCCCGUUGUCGUUUCUAGUGACAAGUGGACCGGUAAUCACCGCAAGACUGUACAAGAGACAACGUCUGGCCAAGCACUUAAGAAUCCAUGAGGAUUUUCUCCCUCUUUUUGCAUCACUUAUGGGAAAUGAUUACAUUGAAGAGGAGACGUUAGCUCCCUUUAAGAAAGAACUGUUUCCUGAGAAUGAAACGAAUAUAGUUAAAACUAAGAGGUUGAUUAUGACUAUAGCAAAAUUCAUUUCCGGUUUUUCAAGUCCCACAGAGGCGCUUCAAUCAGCUGUGGAUUUAGCUGCUCGAAAUAUUGAUGAGAGCGAGGAAACCGAUAUAGAUUUAGAAUCAGAGGUCGAGUUCUCGAUGUCAGAGUAUGAAAUUUCAGAUAAUUCACUGAGAGGAUACUUUGAGYGGAAUGAAACGCGAACGGAAAUGGAGACUCGGCACGAGAACACAAUCCCUGCUUACGUCAUCAACAGUUACCGAGACGGGCGCUUUCCUGUUGGUUAUAUGGGCACCUUGGUCUCUUCUGAAGGAGUGCAAAUAUUAAAGGUUCAAGUUGAAGACCCCAGCGAAGUCUCCGCUCACAUGUGCUCUAUCAGAAUAAGGUGUAUCUGUUAUGGUAUCGUGACGGAAGGGCCUACAGUAAUGGAGUAUGAUAGAGAAAAGACUGAAUUGGUUGAUCGAGAAUUUUGUCCUUUCUUUGGGUCGAAAAUACUUGGUUAUGGGAAAAUGCCAAAUUUGAAGAACUUAAGAGACGCCGAUACAAGCCAAAGACUUAAGCUGUUGUUAGUAGUCCUGAAGGCAGACACAGCACUUAUCAAGUCGUUACCAGAGAGUUUCCAGUUGUUUGCAGCGUCAGUGCGCUACUGGAUCUCUGAAGCCAAACCUGGUGUUAACCAAAUAUGGGUACAAGCGUUGUUACUGGUGCAUUUAAAACUGCUUGCUGAGAGCGAAGAUCAAGCAUCAGUAAAGUCAAGGCAGAAAUCAAAACGAGAAGGACAAAGAAGACGCUUGGGUGUUAGGUUCGAAAUCAAAUGCCAGCAUAGUUACGCGCAGUGGCAGUCAGUUAUGACGGAGACGAUGAUGUUGAACCAGAUCCUGAUUUUCCCUUUGCCUGAGCCUGAUAUAGCGACUCUGUACAGCGGUAUCACUGCCCAAACAAUCGCACARGAAAUAAAACAAGGUGCCCAAGUAAAUAGCUUUGUUAAGUCGGUGGUCCUCUACAAUAAGCUUUAUGAAGCUGCUACAGAAGGCUUGGUAGAGAAACUGGUCUAGUGAUAAGARCAAUUUGAUUCUGAAUUAUUGAACAACGAUUCCGAUAAAAGCUACAGACAACAGUAAAGACUGAGUGAUAUAGUGUCAUUCUAUCUAUUACCAUGUAUAAUAAAGGAUAGAUUGCAUAGACAUAGACCGUAUAGACAUAGACAAAGACCGUAUAGACAUAUAGACAAAGACCGUAUAGACAUAUAGACAAAGACCGUAUAGACA